AUGGCUCCGAUUAGAAUGUCACGUGUUUCAUAUCGUCGAUUUAAAACUAUUGCAAAAUUAACCAUCAUGGUUCUCUGUACCGGAAAUUUUCUUCUAAUGAUUAUGACAACAAGAUUAUUAAAAGAAACAGUACAACUUUCACAACAUAAUAUUACCAUAUGGAGCACAGAAUAUUUUCUAAUAUCUCUUAUUUUAAUUUCUAUUUGUAUAUUUAAUAGUACAAUACAUGAUAUUAAGCGUCAACUUUUAUCAUUUGAUGUUGAAUUGAUCGAUAAAAGUUUAUCAAAUCAUUGCCAUUUAACUAAAACAUGUGCAAAAAAUCUAAAAGUUUUGGAUAAAACAAAUGGCAUAUCUCCUAGUAUCGAAGAACGACAGAAGUUCUAUGAAGCAUAUAAAAAUGAUCCAGAAAUGACUCAAGUUGAUGCAUUUAUAUGUUUUCAUCCGACAGCAAUGUGUGAAGUAUUUAUGCCUUUUAAUCGACCACUGAUUAUUAUAGCAUCAACUCGUUAUGAAAUGGGACGAUUUUCUAAGGAAGAAUGGAUUAAAUGGAAUAAAAAUCUUCAACUUAUAGCUUUAAAUCCUCGUAACAUUGUAGCUGCUAACAAUUUAUACGAUGCUGAAUAUAUACGAUAUUUUACUGGUAUUACACCAAUUAUUAUACCAUCUUUAUGUGAUUAUACAAACGUAUCAUAUGCACCAAUUAUUAAAAAACCAUUUCUUAUUGCAACUAUGUAUGUAGAUAAAUUUCGUUUUCAAUUUAUGAGAAAUUUAAAAAGUUCAUUGAAACGUUCAAAUACAUCGAUAACUGUUGGUUAUUUACGAGAUAUCUAUAAAGAACGUUAUGAAUAUUCUGAUAUUGCUAGUCAUCCUGGAAUUAUUUAUAUUCCAUAUCAAGUAUCCCUUAUGAGUUUAUUUGAACAAUAUCGAAUGAAUAUUCCACUCUUUUUUCCAUCAAUUGAUCUUCUUACUGAAUGGCAUUAUACACAUCAUGUUAUUGAUCAACGAACAUGGGAUACAGUAUAUAAACAUCCAAGUAAUACUUCGAUUAUACCAGGUGUUCUAGGAUCUGAUAUUCCUGAUCCUAAUAAUGAAUUCGAUCGCAAAGCAAUUCGUUAUUGGUUACAAUUCUCUGAUUUCUAUCAAUGGCCACAUAUAACUUACUUUAACUCUAUUGAUGAUCUUACCAUAAAACUAACUAGUACAAAUUUAACGGAAAUUAGUCGAAAUAUGAAGAUAUACAAUACAGACUUAAAACAGAAAUUAUUUCAGCAAUGGAACCAUAUACUUCAGAGAAUAAGUUCAAAAUAA